AUGUCAGCCUCUACAUCCAAUCAAACAUCUCUUCCUCUUCCAAUCUUCUCAGGUGAGAAUUACAACUUCUGGAGCAUCAAAAUGAGAACCUAUUUUAUGUCCCAAGAUCUAUGGGACAUAGUUGACAGAGGCUUCUCAACGCCGGAAAAUCCCACGGUGGAGCAAUUACGACAAGAAAAGAAGGAGAAACAAAGAGAUGUGAAUGCUCUCUACGCUAUUCAACAAGCUGUAGAUGAUGCAAACUUCUCAAGAAUCAUGGGAGCUUCUACGGCGAAGGAAGCUUGGGACAUGUUGAAGGAGGACUUUCAAGAGACGGCAAAGGUACGUGCUGUUAAACUACAAACAAUGAGGAGUGAUCUAGAAAACUUGAAAAUGAAAGAUUAUGAAAUCGUUAAAGAUUAUUAUUCCAGACUCAAGGAAAUUGUGAAUCAAAUAAGAGCCUAUGGUGAAAAUAUUAGUGAGACUAGAGUAGUCGAAAAAAUACUUAUUAGUCUCAUUGAAAAAUAUGACCCUAUAGUUACUGUCAUCGAAAAUUCUAAAGACAUAACAACUCUUUCGGUGACAGAACUAAUAGGCUCUUUAGAAGCUUAUGAAAAAAGAUUGAGUAGCCGGAAUGAAACUCCUGUAGAGAGUGCAUUCUAG